UUCCGCUCGUGGAAUCCACGCUCGUGGCCUUCGUGUCCUGCCGGCACGAUCUGUGCUCGAUUAGACCGCGAAAUAUCUUGGAGUUUUAAUCGCGGAAGAAAAUAAUAAUAGUAAUUUUGUGGUGAAAAAAGUGAGGAAUAAGAUUCUUUGUUAUCGAGGAUGAGGAUGAAGAUCGCAUGGCUUCCGGCGCUGAUAUUCUGCGCGACCUUGGCCUUGGUAGCCGCCAACCUGGAUCUCGGACCGAUCAUCAAGAUCGCACAGUGCCGAUCAUCGUGUCUACGACAUCACAUGGUCGAUGGCAACUGCUUGAAUAUAAAUAAUAUCAACAGCCAAGUAUACGACUGUGAUUUGUGCUGGAAUAUUUGUGAAACCUUCAGUUACUGGGACAAAGAAGAAAUCAGUUGUACGCGAAUAUACAAGCACACAUCUCGUAUUCAAGGUUGCAAAACUGCGUAUACGUUUUAUCAAACACGCGGUAUGGAGGAAGACAAAUAUGAGCCGACCAAAUUACCAGCUCCUGAAGAAAAUAAAACUUUCCAUAUAAAUAACUAUGACAUUGCCGUAAUAAUGCAAAAAAAUGAGAAAGGAGUAUGGGAAGAAGAAAAUUAUUUCUACGCAAAGCAGCAGCCUGCAAUGAUACCUGGCGGCUGGAUCAUCGUCGUCACGGAUGAUGGCGUGGUCAAACACUACAGUUGGGAUAAGUGGUGGCCAAAACUACAAUUACUCAAAGCCGGUGGUCCUCUCUAUCAGGCCUAUAUCACAUGGGAGGAUUGGCAAAUUCAACUGAAGGAUCAACGCGAAAGGAUUACCUCAAAUUACUUUAAGCGUCAGUCCGUGAAAGAGAAACAGAAUAAAUCGUCUUUCGUCGUUACCUGGCAGCAGGAGACGGGAGACGGUAUUAUGGGCAACCAGGUAACAGACAGCGAAUCGGCACAGAUUUCCUUGCCGUGCGGUAAAUAUUUGGUCAGAAUAGCCACCAACGACGGUCCCGGUAGUUACCCGAUCGUUGUCGACACUGGCGACUGCAAAAGUCCCAAAAUAUCAAUCUGGGACCUAUAUAAGUACAUCAAUGAUCCGAAAAAUUUGAUAUUUAUAUUCUUAAUGGUGGUACUCUUCUGUUCUAUUCCUAUUAUAUAUUUAUUUAGACGAAAUCGAAUAAAGAAUGGAAAAAAGAAUAAGAUGGAGGAGGGCUUGACGAAGUCGGAGAAGAUAAAGGAGAAAAUCCUGAAGCAGCAAUUGCAAAAUAAACUAAUGGAUCGAGUGCAGACUAGCUUGGAACACAGAUACCAUAAUCACUCUACAGACAAUCUACUGUGGGUCAACCGUGUUAACACUAGUAUAAAAGCACAAAAUGCGAAUGCGAGCACGCAAAAUAGAAGAGAGAAAGCAAACGUGAUUUAG